AUGAUUAAUAGUAUAGAGAUAGCCGAACUUCUUAUUUCACACGGUGCAAAUAUCAAUGAAAAAGAUGAGGAUGGGAAAACUGCUCUUCAUUUUGCAGCAUAUUAUAAUAGUAAAGAAAUAGCCGAACUUCUUAUUUCGAAUGGUGCAAAUAUCAACGAAAAAAUAAUUACUAUAUCUGGAAAUAUUAAAACAAAAAGUUUAGCCUUAAACCCCAAAUGA